UCACGGAACCAUAUCUGCCCUCUCCGGUCUUUAAAUCAAAGCCCUCUUUUCAUCCUUCCCGUCAAAGUCUCUCUAAUUUCAGCUUCAACAGCAGCGAUGGCACCAAAGGCGGAGAAGAAGCCGGCUGAGAAGAAGCCCGCGGCCGAGAAAGCCCCAGCAGCAGCCGAGAAGGCUCCGGCAGAGAAGAAGCCAAAGGCCGGGAAGAAACUCCCGAAGGAAGGCGGAGCCGCUGCUGGCGACAAAAAGAAGAAGAGAGUCAAGAAGAGCAGCGAGACCUACAAGAUCUACAUCUUCAAGGUGCUAAAACAAGUCCAUCCCGACAUCGGGAUCUCCAGCAAGGCCAUGGGUAUCAUGAACAGCUUCAUCAAUGAUAUUUUCGAGAAAUUGGCUCAGGAGGCUUCCAGGCUCGCCAGGUACAACAAGAAGCCGACGAUUACGUCGAGGGAGAUUCAGACUGCUGUGAGACUUGUACUUCCCGGUGAAUUGGCCAAGCACGCCGUCUCCGAAGGCACCAAGGCUGUUACCAAAUUCACUAGCUCUUGAGGAAAUUGAAGAGAAAACGGUUGAUUUCUAGGGUUUUCUUAUCUUAUUUUGGGCUUUUUUUUGGUUUUUUCUGUUUCUAGAAUCCUAUGUUUAGAGUUGAAAUUAGGGUUUGAUGUCCGUAGUAGUUGUUAGUGUAAAAAUGGUUGAUGAAGUCUUUCGAAUGUAAUGAAUCUCUGGUUCGUAAUUGAUCAAAUCUAAGUUUCCAGGCAUAA